GGGGCUGGAACAUUGGCCGGGCCGUCGAUCUGGGUGCGCGCAUCUGCAGUGUCCGUUCCACGUGGUCCCGAUCACUUGGCAGCUCGACGAUCUCAGAUCAGAAUAGAAUAGAAGGCCUCGGGCCUAGGCCCCGAAAUCUCCGCCCGCAAAUGACAAGCCUCGUCCCACUUCACCUUCUAAUCGUGGAUUUUGAAAUUUCCCGUCCCACUUUACAAGAGGAAGACGAAGAAGAAGAAGUUGUUAUUGUAUCGUCCUCUCAAGAACCAAAUUCCAUCACUUUGGCAAACCCGAAAAGUGAUCGAGGAGAAUUCCUGUUCGUGUUCUCAUCGUGUUCAAAGGGACAGGGAUUUUUCUAUGUUUGAGAAAUGUUGCGAUGAUCGACGCAUGCGUGCAUGGCUAACCUGCGCGUGACGAGAAUGAAAGAAUCUGGAUAGAAUUGGGGUUUGGCUGGCCACUGGUCUCUCCCAUUCAUUGCCCUCGUCGACGAAAGCAAGAAAAAAAGAAAAAAAGAAAGAAAUUAAUCCACUUUGGCGAUCUUGCUCGUUCACUUUUUAGGGCCUCAAUGAUGCUAGCCACUUGGGCCGGUGUACCAACUUCGCAUCUAACUUCAUGGUUGAUUGCGGAUUUCUUUCCUCGACAUCGAUGAAGUCGUCAACGAAAGAUGAACACCGCUUCUCCACACUUUUGCCGGAAAAAUCAGCGCGGCUCGUUAAGUGAUCCCACGAGGCAGUAAUCGAAUUACACUACACCAUCAAUCUUGAAGCUUUGCCGAAUCUCGAUUCCACGAUUCGUCACUUCGUACGUUCAAGAUCUCGUCCGCAGCACGAAGGUGCAAGAAAUGAGGUUCACUCUCCUCUCCGGCCUCCCCGUGCUGUUCUUGUAGCAUGCUUCAUCAAUUGCCCAUGUUCUUGUAAACGUCUAAAGAUAGAGUGGCAGUAACUGUAUUGAGGGCAGCGGAGACGAGGAGAUGGAACACUUAGAGACCACUUAUUGCACGCUUAUCCCGAUGGCGCGUUCACACACGACAGAGAUCGUCGUGAAUUCCUAGGGAGCUCCGAUCGCUUCCAUUCCCUGAAGAAGGACACUCUGCUGCUGCUGCUGCCGGGAGACGGAGAGCAGAGCAGUCGAAUCUCGCCUCUCUGAGCUGAGCGCGUGGCUGGAGAUCAGCUAGGUCGGUUUCGAAGAGCGGACGAGCGCAGCGGCAGUCGAUUUCUCGGGAGUGAGAUCGAGAGCGCGGAGCACCUUGUUGUCAUUCCGACCUUUGUAAAUUGCGAGGAUUUGAAAUUUACUCGGAAGGAAUAAUGGCUGCCGGAGCGGCCAUUCUCGCUUCUAGCCCUGUAGUGCAGCCCCUCUCGCUGCUGGACUUGAGUCGAAGGGCGUGUAGUGCACCAGCCAAGGCUUCUCUGGUUGGAUUUCAAGGCCUGAGGAAGGAGAAUGCCGUCCUUUCGAGGUCUUGUGGAGUAAACUCAACCAGCUCAUCGCCAUUCUGCAAGAGGCACAGCCUUGUGAAGAGCGGGAAGGAUCUGAGACAAUUGAGAGUGGAAGCUUCUGCAAAUGGAGGGCCUCAAUCCUUUGAUUACGAUGUGAUCAUCAUCGGUGCCGGUGUAGGAGGUCAUGGUGCUGCCCUUCAUGCGGUCGAAAAGGGUCUGAAGACAGCAAUUAUUGAAGGGGAUAUCGUUGGCGGGACUUGCGUCAACAGAGGUUGCGUCCCCUCCAAAGCAUUGCUCGCCGUGAGUGGUCGCAUGCGUGAGCUUCAAGAUGAGCACCAUUUGAAGGCGCUCGGCAUUCAGGUUGAUGCAGCAAAAUUUGACCGGGCAGCCGUUGCAGCGCAUGCAGACAAUCUUGCAACCAAAAUUCGUGGAAAUUUGACAAAUUCAAUGAAAGGACUUGGAGUAGAUAUAUUGAUUGGUGUUGGAACUAUCAUGGCCCCGCACAAGGUCAAAUACGGCAAGAUCGGAUAUCCCGACAAAAUCGUCACUGGCAAGAACAUCAUCAUUGCUACUGGCUCCGUUCCAUUUGUGCCCCCAGGCAUUGAAAUUGACGGAAAGACUGUUUUCACCAGUGACCAUGCUCUGAAGUUAGAGUGGAUUCCGGACUGGUUGGCUAUCGUAGGGAGUGGUUAUAUCGGUCUGGAGUUUAGCGAUGUCUACACCGCCCUAGGGAGUGAAGUUACCUUCAUCGAAGCUCUCGAUGGGUUGAUGCCAGGUUUUGAUCCCGAGAUUGGGAAACUGGCCCAGAGGGUACUCAUCAACCCUCGCAAGAUCGACUGGCACACUGGUGUGUUAGCGAAGAAGAUUACUCCUGCCAAAGAUGGAAGACCUGUGACCAUUGAACUCGUAGACACCAAGACAAAGGAGCCGAAGGAGGUUCUGGAGGUAGAUGCCGCCCUUAUUGCCACCGGAAGAGCACCCUUCACCAAGGGACUGGGAUUGGAAAAUGUCAAGGUAGAGACUCAGCGUGGUUUCGUUCCUGUUGAUGAGCGAAUGCGAGUGCUGGAUGCAGCGGGCAAUGUUAUAAGUGGACUUUUCUGUAUUGGAGAUGCCAACGGCAAGAUGAUGUUGGCCCAUGCUGCAAGUGCUCAAGGAAUUUCUGUCGUGGAGCAGAUCGCAGAUAACGAUAACGUCUUGAACCAUCUCAGCAUACCAGCCGCAUGUUUCACUCAUCCUGAAAUCAGUAUGGUUGGGCUUACCGAACCUCAAGCAAGGAAGAAAGCCGAAGAUGAGGGUUUUGAAGUGCUUAUAGCGAAGACCAGCUUCAAGGCCAAUACCAAAGCUCUUGCCGAGAACGAGGGAGAGGGUAUAGCCAAGCUAAUUUAUCGACCAGAUACAGGAGAGAUUCUGGGAGUGCACAUUCUUGGGUUGCACGCAGCUGAUCUUAUUCAUGAAGCUUCAAAUGCUAUCGCAAUGGGCACUUCUAUCAAGGACAUUAAGUUCGCUGUGCACGCACAUCCAACAUUGUCUGAGGUGCUUGAUGAGCUAUUCAAGUCUGCCAAGGUUGGUGAGCACGCUCCCGUACCUGUAAAGUCAGAUCCCGUACCCGUUUAAAGUAGCUCUCUAGGACACAUUGCUUGCAAUUUGCAGGCCGGCCUUUAGGAACUUCGCCUACAUUAGAGUUUUUACUUACCGUGCUGGACUAGCUCGUAUAACGAAGUGAAUUUGGAGUUUUUGAUCUGAAUUGGCGAACGCAUCACAUCUUAGACUUGGAAGGCGUCAUGAAUGAAGGACUUUUUCUUACAUUAUUCUUGGGAGGUGUGGAGUUGUAGGCAAUCUCCUCAUAUCACAGAAAGUAGUCCAUAUGCAGAUAAUUCUUUUCCAGAUUCAUAAUCUUUUACCUGUGGAAUGUCAAAAUGGGCCAAGUGAAGGCACUGCCCUUCGACACCACAAUCUAUAAAAUUCUUCCCG